GCAAAACAAAAAUCCUCUUGUUCGAAAAUCAUUAGGAUUUUGAACUGAGUGCAGAACCACUGAUUCAGUGUUAACUGACAGACUACAAGAAGACCCUGAAAGUUCUUUUGAAGAAUAAGAUUUGUUACAGUCAAAGUCUAUAUGGGAUCAGAGAUGAACUUAAUAGGGCAUUCCCAAUUACCUGCCUCUGAUGGAUUCCCUCAUUCUCAAGGGCAUCCUUUAUUUGGUGUGUUUCCAGAGCCAAUGACUUCUCCUGAGCAAUAUUCUGAUGCCUCCCCUUAUUCGCAAUACAACACUGCACAUUUCUCUCCAGCACAGCCUCCAGUCUCUUCACUUCCUUAUUACUCCAGCCUUGGCUUCUGUUCCCAGCAGCCUGAAGAAUGGUACUCACCUGUAAUGUAUGAGCUCAGAAAAAUUCCUUCUGAUAACUUUUUCAUCAAGGAGCCAGAAGUAGGAGGCAUGCCUGUUGGCAAGAAGUCUCGUAUGGGUCCUUCCUCAGGAAGAAUGAAAGGCGAAGAGCUGUGUGUAGUUUGUGGGGACAAAGCCUCUGGGUACCAUUAUAAUGCCCUUACUUGUGAAGGCUGCAAAGGAUUCUUCAGAAGAAGUAUCACCAAAAAUGCUGUAUACAAGUGUAAAAAUGGAGGAAAUUGUGAGAUGGACAUGUACAUGAGAAGAAAAUGUCAGGAGUGUCGUCUGCAAAAGUGCAAGCAAGUGGGAAUGCUGGCUGAAUGUUUGUUAACAGAAAUACAAUGCAAGUCAAAGCGGUUAAGAAAAACUGUACCACAGCCUCCUGACCAGACAAUCGAUGACGAUAAUGAAGGACCUGAUUUUAAACAAGUCUCAUCUACAACCAAAUUCCACAAGGAGAAAAUAGAACUAACCCCAGAACAGCAGAACCUUCUUCAGUAUAUCAUGGAUUCAUAUAAUAAACAAAGAAUUCCUCCUGAGGUUUCUAAAAAACUGCUACAAGAAGAAUUCAGUGCUGAAGAAAAUUUUCUCAUCUUAACAGAAAUGGCCACCAGUCACGUACAGGUCCUUGUGGAAUUUACCAAAAGGUUACCAGGCUUUCAAACCCUUGACCAUGAGGAUCAAAUUGCUUUACUGAAGGGUUCAGCUGUGGAAGCCAUGUUCCUUCGGUCAGCUGAGAUCUUCAACAAAAAACUUCCUGUAGGUCAUGCUGACCUCCUUGAAGAAAGAAUUCGUAACAGUGGUAUUUCAGAUGAAUACAUAACUCCCAUGUUCAAUUUCUAUAAAAGUGUUGGGGAACUGAAGAUGAGACAAGAAGAAUAUGCUCUGCUCACAGCAAUAGUUAUCUUAUCUCCAGAUCGGCAAUACAUACAGGACAAAGAAUCCGUGGAAAGGCUUCAAGAGCCAUUGCUUGAAGUUCUGCAAAAAUUCUGCAAACUUCAUCACACAGACAAUCCUCAACAUUUUGCAUGCCUCUUGGGACGUCUGACAGAACUGCGGACUUUUAAUCACCACCAUGCAGAUAUGCUGAUGUCUUGGAGAGUUAAUGAUCAUAAAUUUACACCUCUUCUCUGUGAAAUAUGGGAUGUUCAGUGAUAAAUAUGUAUUUCACUGUCAUCCUAGGCACAUUUAUCUGGCAUCAGUAGCUCUUGGGUCCAUGUAAAUCUGUUUAGGAUCCUUGUUUUGAAUAUAUUUAAACCAUUAAAAAGCAUUCAUAGUACUUUUUUGUAUUGGACUGUUCUGUACUGGACUAUGCAACACCAUUUUUAAUAUCAACAUUGUUUAGUGUUUACCAAACAUUAUGUAAGACUUUCACACGGGAACAUGGAGUAAUUGC